AUGCCUCCUCCACCCAAGCGAAAGCGACCCGAGCGCACUUACUCACAGGAUGACGACCGCACUGGACGACCGUCGCCGCAUCGCCCGCAGAACCUCGGAUUCGCGCAUAAUCAACAACAGCAAGCCAACAGUCCGCGCGGCGGCGGCGGCGGCGGUGGCGGUAGGCGGCAGAGCAGAAACAACGGACGUGGCGGUGGUUCCAGUGUUCCCCAGAGUCCUAACAAUGUCUCACAUGCAUCGCCGACCGCCAUGUCUCCGCCCGCAAAUACAUUUCCAUUGACUCGGCCGUCUCAAGCCACACCGUCCACCCCAGCGCCAGCGCCCUCACAACCUUCGACGCCUUCUAUAACGCGCGAGGCCCCCGAGAGCAAUGAGUAUCUAACGCCAGACCGCGUCGCUCACUGGAAUGGCGAAGCACGCGACGCUGUGGUCAAGGCUGCUGUGGCUGCUCAAGGCGCCGGCGACGUGCUCACCCUCUCAGUCAUAUUCCACGAGAUUAUCGAGGCGUCUAUGGGCCAGCUACUGGAUGCCGGCGAGCUGGGAUCAAUAGUACGCGACAUCACAUCCGCCCCGGCCGACGAGCAGGUGGACUCUGUAUCGACAUUCCUCGACACUCUGAGUUCGCUCACGCAAGAUGAAGGCAAGCAGGCACUUGUAAGACAAAUGCUUGUCGCGACAGACAUCAACGUGUCGCGCAUGCGAGCCGAGCUGGAAAACGAUCUCUUGAAGUCCUUGGGCCUAGUCCGCGACAGCUUCUCCAAGAUGGCUGUUCGCAAAGCCACCCACGCCCUAUACCGACAGUCCAACUACAACCUCUUGCGCGAAGAGACCGAGGGCUACUCGAAGCUCAUGACCGAAUACUUCACUACCGUGAAUAGCGAACCGCCCUCGCAGGAAGUCGUCAGCGAAACCUGGCAACGAGUAAACGCUCUCAUUGGCGCAUUCGAUCUGGACAUUGGCAGGGUUCUCGACGUGACACUGGAUGUGUUUGCCAACCUCCUAGUCAAGCACGGAAGGUUUUUCGUCAAGAUGCUAAGGUCGAGCGCAUGGUGGCCUGAGCUACGCGGUUUCGAUAACGUCAGAUGGGAGGAGCCUGAGGUACCGACGCUUCCCCUUUGGGCACGACCUGAUGCGAAGCAGUGGUAUUAUACCGAUGAAGAGAAGGACGAACAGUUGCGGCUGCGAGAGUCGCGCGAUCGCAAAUUUUGGCAGCGAGUUGGUGAAUUGGGCGACCGGGCCGGCAUCCAGGCAUUCUUUGAACUUGGAGGCCGUCGCAUCAUUGCGAACAACCGGCAACCCGAUCAGACAUUACGUGCCGAAGGUGCGCCGCUAUCGAAGCAGCAGGCAGCUCGGAAAUGGGCUGAUGAGUGGAUGGAGCAAACCAAGACACUCCCUCCGUCAGGAAAUGACAUCGCCGCUCAACUACUUGGCUUCAAGCUCCAGUUCUACGCAUCAGAUGUUCGCGAUGCCACUGACGAACUUCCCGAUAACCUCAUGUACCUGAUUGCACUCUUGGUCAAGAUCGGUUUCAUUUCUAUUCUGGACCUUUAUCCCCACUUAUAUCCACUAGAGGCAGACAUGGGUGCACACAAAGACAAGCUCCUUAAGGCCAAGAAGGAAAAGGAGGAAAGUGAAAGAGGCGCAGUCGUGAAUGCGCUAACAAUGGCUGGUGCGCUUCCCGAUGAGACACCUGGUCCGCCAGCUGUUUCUCGCCUUCGAGAUGCCGAAACCAGAUCCAAAUCGGAUACUGGACGAAGCACGCCUGCUAGAUCCGAUGAGCCCACGGACAAGAAGAAAGCUUUGCCUGAGCCCAAGGACCAGAAGUUCACGCUUUUAAAGAGUCUGCUGUGCAUCGGCGCGCUGCCAGAAGCUCUGUUCAUUCUCGGGCGGCAUCCCUGGUUCCUCGACGUUUACCCUGAGCUGCUGGACCUCAUCUUCCGCCUCGCACACCACUCUCUGAGCAAGGUUUACGAGGAAUCCAAGCCUCCGUCGGUCGAGGAGCCCGUCAUCUCUACCAAAGGGUGUGCCAACCGUGGUCUUCUGAGGCCAAGCGACUACGUUCCUCGACGAACUCUCCGAUGGGCCAAGCCGGACAGGAAAGAUCAAGACGGCGGAAUCGACUACAAGUUCUAUUGGGAAGACUGGGUUGACAACGUUCCCGUGUGUCAAGAGGUGGAUGAUGUGAUCAAACUUUGCACCAGUCUCCUAGGCUUGGUGGGACCAGAGUGCGGCAAGGACAGCGUCCUCCUAACCAAGAUCAUACGUAUUGGCAAGAAGAAUCUAGUCGACGAUCCUUCCGAAUCCAACCGAAAGCGAUGGGUCAACUUCUCAGCAACCUUCAUUGCCCCUGCGAUUACGUUUACAGGCAGAAACCCUGGAGUUAUUAACGAGGCCUGGGAUCUGUUCAGACACUUCGACACAGCCACUCGAUAUACCAUCUAUCAGCAAUGGUUUAACGGAAUGCUUAAGCCCGUGAUCAAGACAGCUUUCAGCCAAGUCGAGGUGGAAACUAGGAAGACCCUGAGUCGUAUUUCCGCUACCAACACGAAAGAGUACGGUCGUAAGAUCGCCAAGAUCUCGUAUGCUAGCCCAGGAAUUGUGUUCAGAACAACAGUCAAGCAGUUGGUCAACUACCCCAACAUGAUCACUGCGUUAGUGGAGUGCAGCCGAUACCUCACCUUGCUGGGAUAUGAUGUCCUAACCUGGACGCUGGUCACAUACCUUCUCAACCCCGACAAAGGAUCGCAACAGGACGAUGGUAUGCUGUCUGCACCGUGGCUGAAGAACAUUGCUACGUUUGUUGGCAAAGCUUACGCAAGAUACCACUUAAUGGAUCCUGUUCCCGUUCUACAGCUCACCACGCAUCAGCUCUUGACUGCCGAAGGCGAGCUAUAUAUGCUGGACGUUCUUGAACAAAUCGUCAAGUCCAUGGGUGGCAUUAGCGUCAGUGGAUCUGUGUCGGAAUCGGUGACUCUGGCGCUUUGUGCAGGACCUGCGCUCCGUACGUUUACCUUGCAGUAUCGUUUAGCGGACAACCGUGCCCACGCUGCUUCUUCAGCGAGACGUCUAGUCAGAUGCUUAAAGGAGACGGGUCUGGGACCACAGAUUCUUAUCGCGCUGGCGCAACACGUGGAAGCCUACGUUCACCGCGAUGAUCAGCUGGAAGUACCCGACAAGCCUGUACUCUUCAAUGUCGACAAGUUGCGCUCCGACAUGCUUCAAUACCUGGAGCUCCUCCGAACAUUCCUUUCUGUGGACGACUUCGACGCUCUUUUCCCUUCGUUGGUAGAGAUGAUCGCGGAUUACCAUGUCCAGCCGGAUGUCGCUUUUACCAUCGCUCGUGCGAGCAUAGCAGCCAAGGCUAAUACUUUCCGGGCUGAGCAACGCUCGAAGCUAGUUUCCGAUACGCAGACGAAUGGCGAUAUUGCCAUGAGUGGCGUGGAGGAGACACUAGUUGUAAAUGAAGCCCAGACUGACGCUACGCCCACUGAGACAUCCAAAGCGACCGAGGAUGUGGAAAUGAAAGAUUCCGUUCCUUCUGCGACUGGAGCUCGUUCGGAUAAGCCUUCCUUGCCCGAUGUACCAAACCCAGAGAUUGAAAGCUUGGCGAGCCAACUCAAACAGCAGCUACCCGACACCUUCGGCAACCAUCCUUGUGUGUCCUACUACGUCGCUUUCUGGCAGUUGUCUCUGAUAGACGUUGUCGUCGAUGCUGAUGGCAUUAAUCAGCAAUAUAAGGAUUCUAUCGAAACCUUGGAACGACAGCUGCCUGCUCCUGUGCCCGAGCGCCGUGGCUACCGACCCAACGUACCCAAAGCUGAUUCGGACGCAGUGAAAGCUCUUAAGGAAAACAUAGCCAGGGUCAAGGAAGAACAACAGGUUGUCACGAAAAACCAUGCUAUGACGCAAGAGAGUUUGCGGGUCGAGUUGCGCCGAUGGUUCGAAGGCGUUCCAAUGAUGGGGCCACAGUGCGACGCCUUGCAUAAUGCUGUACUCCAAGAUUGCUUCAUCCCUCGCAGUCGCAUAUCUCAAGAAGACGCACAAUAUGCGUUCUCUAUGCUCAUAUUCAUGCACAGCUCAGGCGUGCCAGGGUUCCGCAUGAGCAGACUACUCGAUAUGCUCUUCAACGCAAACAGGCUUACGUCCAUCAUCAGCAUGUACACCGAAGCAGAAUCGUCAUCUUUCGGGCGUUUCCUCGGCGGCAUCUUGCGUGAGUUGCAAGUCUGGCAGGAGAACAAGGACGAUGCUUUCGUCAAGAAUGCUCAUGGUCCGGAAAAGAAUCUCCCUGGCUUCGGUAGAGGCUACGAUGGGGAGCGGAACGUAACAAGCUUCUUCACGUACGACCAGUUUUGCAUGGUCUUAUUCAAGUGGCACAAGGCACUUGCAGCUGCGCUUAAGACAUGCCUGGAGAGUGGCAACUACAUGCAAAUGCGUAAUUCAAUCAACGUCCUUCACGCGCUGGGUACCAAUUUCCCUAAAGUCACGAGCAUGGGCACAGAGCUAAAGGAGAUGGUUGUACGUUUGAAGCAGGGAGAGGAGAGACAAGAUCUUAUGAGGUCGUUGGAAUCUGUGCUUGGUCCCAUCCUCAAAGGAGAGAAGUUCUGGCAGGAGGACCAUGUCUUCCGCAACGUACCGGCACCCACACCCGUGCCUGGAAGCACGACGAACGGAAGCGACAAAGCUGCUACGGAGAAGGGCAAAACUCCACAGUCACAGGAUACGAAACUCGACGCGGCUGCACCUGCUUUCAAGCCAAAGCCCGAAACAAACGGUACCCCAGCACGAGAGCCAAACGACAACAGGUCAAAGCACAAUAGUGCAACGCCCGCGCCUUCUUCAAGGGACAGAGAAUCGUUCAAGCCAACGCCGAAAUCGUCCGACAGUAGGCCUUCCACCCCAUCGCAACAAGAGACCAGCUCUGGCAGACCUACACCGAAGCCAGGUCCUCCAAUGCAUCACUCAUCUGUUCCACUGCGACCAGAUAGCAGAAACGCACCAGGACAGAAUACUCCAGCUGGCAGACCAUCGCACGCACUGCCAUCGCGACCAGACUCACAACCGAGAAAUCGACAACCGGAACGCCCUAUCAUUGAUCGCACGCCCGAAAGUACGCACGGUAGAUACGACAGUCGAGGACCCCCUGGCGACUACGGCCGACUUGAUCGCUCGGCAGAUGCUGGACGUCUGCGGGAUGCUUCGCCUGGUCGACGCGCGCGACCUCUACCUGGUGGCAGAACUCCGGAAAGGGUACCUUCAGCCGCCGAGCAUCGCGAAUGGUCUGGCAGAGAACGUGAUUACGAUGAUCGGGCCAUGCGAGGACCCCCACGAGAUGCGCGAGCGCCAGCAGUACGACCGCCCACUUGGGAUCCACGAGACCCUAGAGAUGUGAGAGAUCAACGUGAGCGCUCCGACCCUCGAGGUCAUGCUACGCCUGCUACAAUGGAGCCUCGGCGGAUGCCUUCCACUUCUUCACUAGCCAAUGAAUACCGGCGAGAUGGUCCACCAGCCAAUGCCCCAUAUGCUGCAGAACAGAACGAAAGACCACCGCGACUUCCAACGGUGCCGAUCCCAACCAAGGAAGAGCCUACAGUCAACCCAGCGCGUGCUGCCUUGAUCAACCAAGCAGAGCAUGGUAGGCACAUGCCAUCGAGAUCUGAUCGUGACAACCGUGGCGAGCGAGAUUCUCGCCUGGACUCUCCUCGCCAUAGCGAUGACAGACGUGGUGAAGACCGUCGAGUCGAAGAGCGCCCGCCUGUUGGUUAUCAUGGUCGGAACGAUGUGCCACGGGAACUUCGGGAAGAGCGUCCCCAGAUGCCACCUUCUGGUGGUAGAGACCGCCGGGACGAUCCAGGAGCCAGCGCUCCAACCGGUCCGCGUGGUGGGCGCAAUGAAGCCGCUGCGACGUCUCGGGCGUCGAGGGAGAUGUUCCAGCCUACACCUGGACCACGUGCGCAGGAUCCUAAUUAUGGCAGACUGAACCAGCCUUCAGAACCGGCGCCACCAUCAGGUCCGCGCAGUGAUCGGCCACAUGCACCGUCGCAGCCUUCCACGCCGAGUGCACCUACUGGUCCUGCAGCGUCACUACCAGCAGGAAUCCAUCCUAGUAGACUCGUUAAUAUCGAAGGUAGAGCACCAAGCGGGCCACCACUUCAGACCAAUGUACCGAACGCUCCAAGCGGUCCGCGUGGUAACAACCGCGGUCCCCAAGGUCCUGUUCCUUCAUCGCCAGUUGGCCCACGACCUCCAACUGGUCCCGGAGGACCCAGGAAUGCCGGCAACCCACUACGUGCUAUCAAUAACGUAUUGACUGGAAACACGCCUGGCGAUCGAUUAAGCGAGCGCAACGCACCUUCUUCUAACCCCCCGGUGCGUGGUCGCGGUGCUACUCGCGCCAAUGGUCCCAUGGAAGGAUCAGGUGGUAUGACAAGCCCAAUGCCACCGCCGUCGCUUGACUCAACACCCAAUCGCAUGGAGAAUCAGCACCCGAGAAGCAGCAGGAGCGAUGAUGUACCAAGCAGAAUGGAGGGUGCUCCACAAGAAGAAGGCCGCUCAGAGUCCCGCAGCCACCGACACCGAUCAGGACGCGAGCGUUCACCCGAUCGAUCCGACCGCCGUCCCGACGAGCGGAGUAGCCGCACUGCUCCUUCUGAGCGCGCAGAGGGUGAGCGUGGCUCUGACCGAGACCGCGGCGGACGCGAGAAGCGAGGCAGCGACAGGGGAAACAGCCAUCGGGAACGCGAACGAGACGGCGAAUCGAGAUCAGGACGGGAGCCUCGUGAAAGCAGCAGACGCGAGCGUGGCUCUCGCGACGACGGACGAGCUUCAGGAGGAAGGGAUGAACGCGAUAGGAGGAGCCGUGGUGGCGGAGGCAGCGGAGGAGACGAAGGCCGCAAGAGGGGUCGCGAUCCACAGGACCAAGGCCAUGGAGAAACGAAGAGGAGGCGUUAG